AUGUCUUUACAAUUACUCAAUCCCAAGGCUGAAUCUCUGAGAAGAGAUGCUGCUUUGAAAGUGAAUGUCACAUCAGCGGAAGGGUUGCAAUCGGUAUUGGAAACCAACUUGGGCCCUAAGGGAACUUUAAAAAUGCUGGUCGACAGCGCCGGGAACAUCAAGCUUACCAAGGACGGAAAAGUGCUGCUGACGGAGAUGCAGAUCCAAUCGCCAACUGCUGUUAUGAUCGCUAGAGCCGCGGCUGCGCAGGAUGAAAUCACCGGCGACGGAACCACAACCGUGGUAUGCCUUGUGGGCGAGCUUCUGAAACAGGCGCACCGCCUUGUUCAAGAAGGCGUGCACCCUCGCAUGAUCACCGAUGGUUUUGAGAUUGCGCGUCGCGAGACUAUGGAGUUUCUUAACAGUUACAAGAUCGAUAAGCCAGCUGAAGAGGACAUGGACCGUGAGUUUCUCCUGCAAGUGGCUAGAAGCUCACUGUCAACCAAAGUGGCGCCAGAACUAGCGGAAGUGCUAACCCCAAUUGUUACUGAUGCUGUACUGAGCGUCAAAAACGCGGACAGUCGUUCCCUGGAUCUGCACAUGGUUGAGAUCAUGCAAAUGCAGCACCUUUCUGCCAAAGAUACAUCUUUUAUCAGGGGUCUGGUGCUUGACCACGGUGGCAGACACCCAGACAUGCCUACUAGGGUUGAAAACGCCCAUAUUCUAAUUCUGAACGUUUCAUUGGAGUAUGAGAAGACUGAAGUGAACUCGGGCUUCUUCUACAGUUCGGCUGAUCAAAGGGAUAAGCUCGCGGCUAGUGAGAGGAAAUUUGUCGAUGAGAAGGUGAAGAAAAUUAUAGAUCUCAAAAACGAGGUGUGUGGUCUCGAUUCAAAGAGAGGGUUCGUUAUCAUUAACCAGAAGGGCAUUGACCCAAUGUCUCUAGACAUACUUGCCAAGCACGGCAUCUUGGCCUUGAGAAGAGCCAAGAGACGUAAUAUGGAAAGGCUUCAACUGGUUACUGGUGGUGAAGCCCAAAAUUCGGUCGAUGACCUAUCACCCUCCGUUUUGGGGUUCUCUGGUCUUGUGUAUCAGGAGACAAUCGGAGAAGAAAAGUUCACAUAUGUUACAGAAAACAGAGACCCCAAGUCUUGCACUAUUCUAAUUAAGGGCGCCACUUAUCACGCCUUGGCUCAGACUAAAGAUGCGGUAAGAGAUGGUCUCCGUGCUGUUGCCAACGUGCUAAAAGACAAAUCUGUCGUUCCGGGCGCCGGAGCUUUCUAUCUGGCUGCAUCAAAUCAUCUAAGGAAUAUCAACGGAAACAAGCUGGGUGCAAAAGGUAAGAAGAAAGCCGGGAUCCAGGCAUUUGCAGAAGCUCUACUAGUGGUUCCCAAGACACUAAUUAAAAACUCGGGCUACGAUGCACUCGACGUACUGGCUACAUGCCAAGAUGAGCUUGAGGAAGAAGAAGGAAGGAUUGUGGGUGUUGACCUCAACGUAGGAGAUAGCUGCGACCCUACCAUCGAAGGCAUUUGGGACUCUUACCGCGUCAUUAGAAACGCUAUAACAGGUUCCACAGGUAUCGCUAGCAAUCUGUUGCUCUGCGACGAACUUUUGAGGGCUGGUAGAUCUACUUUGAAAGAAGGCCCACCGCAAUAA